AUGAAUUUCGAUCAGGCUGAGGAUAAGGAUGGAGUCAGAUUCUCAUGGAACAUCUGGCCAACAUCUCGUGUAGAGGCUACACGUAAACUACUUGUUCCAUUGGGUUGCAUGUACACACCAAUGAAGCAGAGCACAGAGAUUGUUCAAUUGCCCUACCCACCCCUACACUGCAAAGGUCUAUGCACUGCAGUCUUGAACCCAUACUGCACUGUAGUACCACCGUAUAGAACAUGGGUAUGCCCAUUCUGUUUGCAACAUAAUCAGUUCCCUCCACAUUAUAAUGGAUGUAUUACAGAUACGAGCAGACCGACUGAGCUGCUACCACAGUCAACGACGAUUGAAUAUAUGCUGCCAACCAAGGAGACAUCUCCACCAAUCUACUUGUACAUCGUCGACACGUGUCUGCAGGACGACGAGCUCCAGGCGCUGACCGACUCGCUGACCAUGUCGCUGUCGCUACUGCCACAGGACUCGUACGUCGGCCUCAUCACAUUCGGCUCGAUGGUGCAGCUCUACGAGCUGGGCUUCACCGCCUGUCCCAAGUCCUACGUGUUCCGAGGCAACGCCACGGCCGCCUUCAAGGCCGCCACGCUCAUUGAGAAGCUGGGCUCACCAGAGACCUUCAACCUGGUGUCCAAGCGAUUCCUGGUGCCCGUUGGCGAGUGCGAGUUCAACCUGACCUCGAUCCUUGAGGAGAUCCAGAAGGACCCAUGUCGUGUGCCAAACGACAAGCGUCCACAGCGUGCCACUGGCACUGCAUUCUCUGUUGCCGCUUCCCUCUUGCAGGCGAUCGCACCAAACACUGGAGCGCGUAUCAUGGCCUUCAUUGGAGGACCUGCCACCGUUGGACUCGGACUUGUCGUCAGCGAGGAUUUGGCCGAGCCACUCCGUUCUCAUCACGACAUUGUCAAGAACAAGGCAAAGCAUUCAUCAAAGGCUUACCUGCAUUACAAGGGUAUCGCAGAACAGGCAGUCAGCUCUGGACACGUCAUUGAUAUAUUCUCUUGCUCAUUGGACCAGGUUGGUCUGUAUGAGAUGAGGGAGAUGGUCAAGAUGACGGGAGGUUUCAUGGUGUUGGCCGAUGGUUUCUUCCAUCCAAUGUUCCAGCAGUCCUUCCAGAAGAUCUUCACUCGUGACACUGAUCAUCAGUUCAACAUGGGUUACAACGCCGACAUCCAAGUGUCCACCUCACGUUACCUCAAGGUGUGCGGUGCCAUUGGACAUCUGUCCUCACUCACAGUCUCAUCACCAAACGUCAGCGAGAAUGAAAUUGGCAUUGGAGGUACAUCAAGCUGGAAGAUAUGUGGCCUGGACCAGAACAGCACAUUCGCGUUCUACUUUGAGAUCGCCAACCAGCACACCAACGCAAUCCCCGCCGACCAGCCGGGUCUGAUUCAGUUCAUCACGACCUACCAGAACACUCAGGGCAAGAGGAUCAUGCGUGUGACGACCGUGCGUCGUGACUGGACCGAUGCCAACGCCUCGGUCAACCUGCUGGCCAACGGAUUCGAUCAGGAGACCUCCGCCGCCCUGAUGGCGCGUCUUGCCGUCUACAAGGCCGAGACUGAGGAGCUGCCCGACAUCACUCGUUGGCUCGACAAGAUGCUGAUCCGUCUCGUGUCAAAGUACGCUGACUUUAGAAAGGACGACCCACGCUCCUUCAAGCUUGCACAGAACUUUGCCAUCUAUCCUCACUUCAUGUUCCAUCUGCGUCGUUCCAACUUCCUGCAAGCCUUUAACAACAGUCCAGACGAGUCAUCAUUUUAUAGAUUUAUGUUGAACAGAGAGAACGUUUCAAACACACUGGUUAUGAUUCAGCCAACGUUGGAGAAGUACUCGUUCAAUGGUGCACCAGAGCCUGUUGCCCUGUCAGCAACUAGCAUCACCAGUGACACAAUACUCCUGCUCGACACCUUCUUCCACGUUCUCAUCUUCCACGGUGAGACCGUUGCCAAGUGGAGAAAGGAGGGCUACGACAAGAACCCACAAUACGCCAACUUUAAGGCUCUCCUCCAAGCUCCAAAGGACGAUGCUAAUGCCAUCCUAAAAGAUAGAUUCCCAUACCCUCGCUACAUUGAUUGUGAUCAACAUUCGGGUGAGGCACGUUUCCUGUUGGCAACGAUCGAUCCCAACUUGACUCAUGUUAGCAACACGCCACAGGAUCCAACCAAGGGUGAGAUUGUGUUCACUGAUGAUGUAAACCUACAUGUAUUCUUGGAGCAUUUGAAGAAGUUUGCUGUUCAAUCCUAA